AUGUCCAGGAAACUCCGAAACCAAACUCAGAAUGAUGGCAAGAGCAGAAAAAGGACUCUAAAGCCAGUUGUGGAGAAGAAGAGGAGAGAUCGAAUAAAUCAAAGUCUGGCUGAACUGAGACAUCUGCUGAUGGAUGCCACAUCUGAUCCACGGCUGCAAAAUCCUAAAAUUGAGAAAGCAGAGAUUCUGGACUUGGCUGUUGAAUUUCUCCAAAAGUGGGCUGAUAAUGCCUCCAGUCAAAUGGAGACUCAUGCUCCUUUGGCAGACCUGGGCCACUCAGAGUCCACUGCUCUUCCUCUCUUUAGCACCGAGAGUGCAGGUUUUCAGCAGUGUGUGGCCCAGCUGACCAGCUACAUGCACAGGAUAACACCGGCGCAGAGAGCGAGCCUGAUUGAGGGGCUUAAACAUCAAGCAAAGCGUCUGGAGCUGAAAUCAGGCUUCAACACGAAGAUGAUGCCUGACGCAGCAUGUGUGGAGACCAUUUGCUCAUCUGACUCAAAAGAAGAGUCUCCCAUGCUGCUUUUCCCAUCUUAUUCCCCAUUUCAGCCUCUCUCUUGCUCCACACCAUGCCACGACUACCUGAGCCCUCCUCCUUCUCCCUGGUUCUCGCCUUCUUUCUCCAUGUACUCCACCUCUUCUCCUUUCGCGUCAUAUGCCUGUAACUUCUCCUUCCCCCCCAACCUGUCACCUCCAUCUUCCAACACCUCCUCCUUUAGUUUCUCACCCACAGUUCCUCACUCCAGCCUCUCCCCGUUCACCGCAACGAGACCCCACUCAAACCCUGUACACCGGGAAGUGUCAGCACCAAACUCUUCCUCACCCAUAUGGAGGCCUUGGUUUUGA